GUGGGAACGUCUGUGGGUUGCUGCUGUUUGUUGGAGUGAAAUUGUUUGACAGGGAGGUAAGGCGACCUGUGCGCAGGGACUGCCUCGAGAAGUUAGUUUUUCCCGUGUCGGCGGGCAGUUUUUGAGUCAGCAGGGAGGCAGACCCGUGGGCGACAAAUGAUUUGUAUGAGUAUAAGCAACAGGGCACAGAGCGAAAUGUCAGCGACUGUUUCAGCCUUGAGCAACGGAAAGCGCGACUAGUAAACCGCAACGCGGAAAAUAUUCAGAGGGGAGAGAAUGCGAAUGGUGCGAAGAUAUCGAAAUCAAACAAAAUGGAAACGAUGUAGCGUCGCUGCGACAUUUCAUAUAGCUAGAACUAACGUUAGAGUAGAAAAUAGAUAGCUAAGGAGCUAGCACGUUAACUAACAUACAUGUAAAGUUGUUCGCCGGAGAAGCUAAAGCGGAGCCCAGAGGCGCUUGUGGAGCCUGAAGAGUUCAUCUGUACUGCAAAGACCAUAAAUAACAGGAUGCUACGGAGAAGACUCAAUCGUUUGCUUGGAGGUGAUGAGAGAAGAGUAGACAGUAGGACAAUCUACGUUGGUCAUCGGCCCAGUCCUGCCACUGAGGCUUUCAUCCCACCCAAGUUCUGUGACAACAGGAUCGUGUCCUCUAAGUAUACAGUCUGGAACUUUCUACCAAAGAACCUGUUUGAACAGUUUAGAAGAAUUGCCAAUUUCUACUUCCUUAUCAUCUUCCUGGUGCAGGUGAUAGUGGACACCCCCACCAGCCCAGUCACUAGUGGCCUACCUUUAUUUUUUGUGAUUACAGUAACAGCUAUCAAACAGGGAUAUGAAGACUGGCUACGGCACAAGGCCGACAAUGAGGUGAACAAGUACCUUGUGACUGUGCUUGAAGAUGGCCAGAGGAUACGGAAGGAGAGUGAGAAGAUCAAGGUUGGAGAUGUUGUGGAGGUCGAGGAAGAUGAGACCUUUCCCUGUGAUUUAAUACUGCUGCAGUCUAGCCGAGAUGAUGGCACAUGCUUCGUCACCACUGCAAGUCUGGAUGGAGAAUCCAACCAUAAGACACACUACACAGUGCCAGACACAGAAAGGGAUCUGGAAUCUCUCAAUGCCACCAUCGAGUGUGAACAGCCACAGCCUGACCUUUACAAAUUUGUUGGCCGUGUGCACAUCUACAAAGACAGCCAUGAGCCUUCGGUGAGGUCUUUGGGUCCAGAAAACCUACUUUUGAAAGGGGCAACUUUGAAGAAUACUCAGAAAAUAUGUGGUGUUGCAGUUUACACUGGCAUGGAGACAAAAAUGGCUCUUAACUAUCAAGGCAAAUCUCAGAAACGAUCUGCUGUGGAGAAGUCCAUCAAUGCCUUUCUUCUAGUUUACCUUUGCAUAUUGGUGAGCAAGGCACUUGUUUGCACUACUCUUAAAUAUGUGUGGCAGAGCAAGCCUGGACAAGAUGAGCCAUGGUACAACGAGAAAACCCAGAGGGAGAAGGACACAAAUAUGUACCUAAAGAUGUUCACAGACUUCUUGUCCUUCAUGGUGCUCUUCAACUUCAUCAUUCCAGUGUCCAUGUAUGUCACAGUUGAAAUGCAAAAGUUUUUAGGAUCGUUUUUCAUCAGUUGGGAUAAAGAUUUCUUUGACCCUGAAAUUGAGGAAGGGGCACUGGUCAACACGUCGGACCUCAACGAGGAGCUCGGACAGGUGGAGUAUGUCUUCACAGAUAAGACAGGCACGCUCACUCAGAAUAACAUGGAGUUCAUAGAGUGCUGCAUUGACGGUUUCCAGUACAAGUACCAGGACGCAAGUUCCGAGUUGGACAGAUUUUGCGUCACAGAUGGACCUGUGAACAAACUGCAGCAGAAAGCUGGCAGGGAGAGGGAGGAGCUGUUUCUGCGUGCACUGUGUCUGUGUCACACAGUCCAGGUGAAGGAGUCUACAGAGCAGAGUCAAGGCCAGGAGGAUGGAAAGAUAGACCAGGUGGAUGGUUUAGCACCUCUUCAUCCACCGCAAGAGGAGGUGGGCUUCAUUGCUUCCUCACCUGAUGAGAUUGCUCUGGUCAUGGGUGCCAUGAGGUAUGGCUUUACAUUUCUGGGUCUUGAAAGUAAAACCAUGAAAAUUCUCAACAGGAACAAAGAUGUUGAAAUGUAUGAGCUUCUCCACGUAUUGAACUUUGACCCAGUUAGAAGGCGUAUGAGCGUAAUAGUCAGAUCUAAAUUAGGUGAUACACUGCUUUUCUGUAAGGGGGCAGACUCUUCCAUCUUCCCUCGAGUCAGACAGGAGGAGGUUGAAAGGAUACGAUUGCAUGUGGAACGUAAUGCAACAGAGGGUUAUCGCACACUGUGUGUGGCCUACAAGUGUCUUAGCGCAGAGGAGUACGCCCAGGCAGAUGCAGGAUUAAGGGAAGCUAGACUGGCUCUGCAGGACAGAGAAGAGAAGCUCAUGGCUGUUUACAACCAAGUGGAGACUGGAAUGAGUCUAAUAGGAGCUACUGCUGUAGAAGAUCGACUUCAAGAGGAGGCUGCAGAGACAAUGGAAGCUCUGCAGGGAGCAGGUAUGAAAGUUUGGGUCCUAACAGGGGACAAGAUGGAGACCGCAAAAUCCACCUGUUACGCUUGUAGGUUGUUCCAGAGAAACACAGAGCUUUUGGAACUAACGCUGCGUACUCUAGAAGAUGGAGGGAGGAGACGAGAGGAACGAUUGCAUGACCUUUUGCUUGAGUACCAUAAGAAAGCAGUACAGGAGGCACCACCAGUAAAGGCAGGCGUCACCAGGAGUUGGUCUGUAGCCAACCACGAUUAUGGUUUUAUCAUAGAUGGAGCCUCUUUAUCAAUGGUGCUAAACUCAUCCUCUGAAUCCAACUCAAGUCUCUACAAGAAUCUGUUUCUACAGAUCUGUCAAAACUGCACAGCUGUGCUCUGCUGCCGUAUGGCUCCUUUACAGAAGGCACAGAUAGUGAAAAUGGUGAAGAACUCUAAAGGCAACCCAAUUACCCUUUCCAUUGGAGAUGGAGCCAAUGAUGUCAGUAUGAUUUUGGAAGCACAUGUUGGUAUUGGCAUUAAGGGUAAGGAGGGUCGACAGGCAGUGAGAAACAGUGAUUAUGCCAUACCCAAACUCAAGCACCUCAAGAAACUUUUGUUGGCUCAUGGGCAUCUUUACUAUGUUCGCAUUGCACACUUAGUGCAAUAUUUCUUUUACAAGAAUCUGUGCUUUAUCUUGCCCCAGUUUUUGUACCAGUUCUUCUGUGGAUAUUCCCAGCAACCCCUGUAUGAUGCAGCCUAUCUGACGAUGUACAACAUCUGCUUCACCUCUAUGCCCAUCCUGGCGUAUAGCCUUUUGGAGCAGCACAUUUGUGUUGAGGUUCUCCUGGACAAUGCUACCCUCUACAGAGAGAUUGCGAAGAACGCCAUGUUACGGUGGGCACCUUUCCUCUACUGGACCUCACUCGGAGUCUUCCAUGGUUUGCUCUUCUUCUUUGGUGUUUGGUAUUUGUUCAGGAAUCCAGCCUUGCAAGAUAAUGGCCAGGUUUUUGGGAACUGGUCAUAUGGAACGAUUGUUUUCACUGUUCUGGUCUUUACUGUAACUUUAAAGCUGGCGCUGGACACACGGCAUUGGACAUGGAUCAACCACUUUGUAAUCUGGGGUUCCCUGGCUUUCUACGUGUUUUUCAGCUUUUUCUGGGGAGGAAUAAUAUGGCCUUUCCUGAAGCAGCAGAGAUUGUAUUUUGUAUUCGCCAACAUGCUGAGCUCAGUGUCAGCUUGGCUGGUCAUCAUCUUACUCAUUCUGCUCAGCUUACUGCCAGAGAUCUUGCUUGUGGUUUUCCGCAAGCCCCGCGGACCCCACGCUCGACAGAAGAAGCUGGUUCAGUCGAGUACAGGGGGCCUCCCGUCUCCUCAGUCUUCAGCCAGGCCCCUGCUCAUGAGAACCUUUUCAGAUGAGUCCAAUGCUGUCAUUUAAACAGCUGUCAGAUGGUGGCCUCAUACAAACAUCCAGAUUGCAGCUGUGACACCAUUAUCCUACAAGCACCUGAAGGAGCGCCAGUAAAAGGCAGCUGAGACUCCACAGCAACAUCAGCUGCUUUUGGGGUUCCAGCCAGAGCCAUUUGAAAGGAGGUGAAGCAGACGACCCCCAGAAAAAGAAGAAAAAAAAAAGAUGUGCUGACUUGGGGUGAUUUAGAAGUCAUUUGACUGUUUCUUAUCCGUCCUAUUCUUCCUCAUCUACCCGCCCUAUGCAUGCCUGCAGAGCAGUGCCCUGCAUAGUU